AUCGUUCGAACGGGCCGCACUAUCGGUCGAGCGACCGAAGUCGCGAGCGCGCCUUCCAACAAUAACGUUUCAAAUUCAAUUCAAUUGGUUUUAACAAUAUUCUCAAUUAAUUUACAAUUAGUGUUACGUGCAAUGGAUCCGGAGAAGAAGCAAAGUGAAGAAGUGACGGUAGACGACAUUUUAAGGAUUUUGGGACCGUUUGGCAAAUUCAAUGUAUACAGUUUUAUGUUGAUAUUAUUCCCAGUUUUUUUGGCCGGGAUGUAUUCUUCUGUGUAUAAUUUUGAAGCUAUGGAUCUUAAAUAUAGAUGUUCGAUACCAGAGUGCGAAGAAGACCCUUCAAGGAUAAACUACACGAUUCCCCAUGAACCCGACGGGACGCCUGCCAAGUGCUUCCGAUACGCUCCCUUCAACACCACUGUAGGAAACGGGACCUUCUGCGCACCCCAUUACUUCGAUACAUCGACGAAGAUUGAGUGCGAUUCCUACGUGUAUUUAGAAGAGCAUUCUAUUGUUAAAGAGCACUGGAACUAGUCGGGCCUAAAGGCAGGGUCUUCAUCAGCUUGCUUUUCAACACCAUGUUUAUCCUCGGCGGAGUCACAGUCACACUACUCUCGUGGUGGCUUCAGAACUGGAGGCACCUCCUCUUCAUCAGCUACGCUCCUUCCAUCUUCGUCUUCGUGUACAUCUGGAUGCUGACGGAAAGCUUCAGAUGGCUCUUCAGCAAAGGAAGAUAUGAGGAUGGCCUCAACGUUCUCAGCAAAUCCGAAAAAAUGAAUAACGCUAGCGUACCCAAAGACCACUAUGACCAAGUAGAAAAACAAGCGACAAGACAAAGAGAUGAAAGGAAAUGUGAGUCGAAGGAACGGAACCAGUCUACAUUCAACCAAUUGUUGACAUCUCCUAUGAUAUGGAAGAGGCUGUUUACUUGUUCAUUCCUGUGGAUUUCGUCCACUCUAGUCUAUUAUGGUUUGUCUAUAAACGCUAUAGAGCUAUCGGGGAAUAGUUAUGUGAACUACAUCGUUGUUUUGGUCAUCGAAGCGCCGGCUAACAUCUGCAAAUUAGUCUGCUUGGACAGAUUUGGGAGGAAGAGGGUCAUAGCUUUCGCUUUCUUUAUGACUGGAUUGAUUUUGAUUAACUACGGAUUCGUUCCUGCGGGCAAUUGGUCGAUACUUCUGUACCUUGGAGGCAAGUUCUUCAUCACGUUGGCGUACAACUCUCUCUACGUGUUCGCUGCCGAAGUGUUCCCGACCAACUACAGGACUUCGUUACUAGCCAUGUGUUCUACGAUAGGUAGGACUGGCUCGACAGUUGCACCACAAACUCCUUUAUUGACAAGAUACUAUGAAUACCUACCGACGAUGCUCUUUGGCUGUAUGGCGGCUCUAUCUGGCUUCCUAGUCCUAACAUUACCAGAGACAAACAAUCUCAAACUGCCAGACUCUUUAAAGGAGGCCCAAGAACAAGACAGAAAAGAUCAGCCACAAGAACAGACUACAGAAAAACCUACAGAUACAAAAACACGGCUUUAAAUUAAAAAAAUAAGAUUGUAUAACAAAGUAAAUUGUCGCUCCACAUCAAUUCGACUAAAAUGGUGCUAUUGAUAAACAAAAUUACGGUAAUUUACAUGUGCCAGUCGUAGGGAAAUAGGAUAAACUUUGUACAAACAUCAGGUUAAUUGUUUUAUUGCGAUAUGCUUUACGUUAGAGUUUCCAUGCUAAAAUUUAUUGAAAAGCGAACUAAUAAAAUUUCAUAUUUAUAUCAAAAUGUUAUCGACAUACAAAUAUUUAAAAGGAAUCGUCGCUGGAAUUUGAAUUUAGAAGUUGUAGGUAUAUUCCAUUUACAAAUAUCGCCGUUUUGUGUUCUAUUUUAAAAUUCCAUAUCAUUUUUUAAAAAAAAUAUAAUUAAUUUGGAAUUAUGGCAUUUGUGUGUUUUUUUUUUUAUUAGUUCACGAGGUUGUAUUUUAUGCAAUAAAAUCUGGGGUGCCAAAGGCUCGUGAUGUUAAUUAGAUAAGUUUUAGUAAAAGAUAAUAUUACUUAUGCCGUCGGAUAUUGUAGAAUACGUUAUUUUCGAAUGUAAUUACUUUUAUAUAUUUACAAACACUGCAGGUAAAUUGCGAAAUGUUCGUUCAUUUGUAUAAUAUUAUCUGUAUUUCAAGAUAACCUCAAAAAUUUGUAAAUAGAGGACACACUUUGUAAAAGUACGAAUUAUACAGAGUAACAACGACAUAAUAAAAUUCACCUCGUAGGAAUGGUGGCAGUGUGUUUAGGCUGUGAGAUUGGAAAAGAUUUAGAUUUGAUUCCCAGGUCGAAUAAUUAAAAAAAAAGUGACGCUAGUGACCUGAGAUCAAAA